AGCAACAACAACAACAACAACAACAACAAAAGCGAAAAGUUAACGGGAGCAACGGCGCCAUUCGGCGCAGCUCUCAAAUUCUCAGGAGUUGCUAUUGCUGCACGCAUUAACAUUGGAUUAGUCCCCCCCGCACCCCAACAUUCCCCCAGCUCUGAGGUACUCAUGUAGGGGCAUUAGAAGCAAUUGUGGAACAGCAACAGCAACAACAACAACAACAACAUCGACAGUAACGGGAUAUGGAUAUUCAUAUGAAAAAACUAACAAAACCACGCAUGGAGGAUCCCGAACGGCGCAAAAGACGCGAGCGCGAAAAAUAUGAACGCCAACAGGGCAUUCAGAGCGACGAUCGGGAGACUAGUCUAUUUGGGGAGCCGCGUCGCCUCAAUCCCAACGAGGGUGACCCGGAAAUUACCGCCGCGCUGGGUGACUUCGUUGAUGCCCGGGACUAUAUGAAUGCUUCCACGGUGGGCAUCUAUAGGCAGGCGCCGGGUGCGUCAAAUGCGCGACUGCAGGCGCUGCCGAAGGGUUUUGGCAGCGCCACCACCUCCUUCUCCUCAUCAUCAUCAGCAUCUGCUUCCUCAUCCGCCUCGGUGCCUGUCCAGCUGCCCACAUCACAGCAGCAGCAGCAGCAGCAGCAACACUAUCAACAGCAGCAGCGGGCGCCCACAUAUCUGAAGCAGGCGGAUAAUAAGCCGCCCUAUAAUGGGCGUGGCGGCUAUCCUGGUCAGCCCAUGAAGAACGACAUACCGUCGAGUAGCGGCAUGGCGCCGCCACGUGGCCCGCCCAGAUCCUCAUCGUCGUCCUCCUCCAGCAACAACAACUCGUCCAGCGUCUCAAACAAUGCCACAGCGGCACCGACGUCAGCGUCAACGUCGUCGCCCCUCGGCCCGCCCAUGUCCACGCAAAUGCCAAAUGGCCGCGAAAAGUCCUUUCUGGGGCCACCGGCGCCAGCGCUGCCCAAUGGCGGACGUUUUGUACCGCCAUCGGCCAGCGGCAAGCGACCAAGCAGCACCGCAGGACUCCAGCCACCGCCACCAGAGAAUCAUAUUAACAAAAUAAUCACCGAAAUGACCAACAAUUAUCGCGUGACGCCGCUGACAUCGAUUGCGGCGACGCCGCACGCGCCAAUGCGCGAGAACUACAACCUGAACGGGCCCAAUAAGUUUAAAUAUGCAUUUGACGCGGUGGAUCCCAUCGGUCCUCUCAGCUCCCCGCCGGCGGCGGGCGCCUCCUCGCUGAUGACGCCGCUGCUGGCGCCCAUAGCGCCCAUCACAUCGCCCAUUGCCCCGCUGCUGACGACGCCCCCGCAGGCCAGCCAGCUGCCGCUGCCACUGCCACCCAUGGCGGGUGCCACAACGUUGCCCCCCUCCAUGGCCAUGGGCGCCGUUGCGCCCAUGCAGCAGCUGACGCCGACGCCACCGAAGGCGUCGCCCACGCCGCCAGUGAUAAAGCCACUCAAAACGGAAAAAAAUCAUUCGCUGGAAAAACAGGACUCGUGCCUUGAGAAUGAUCUAGAGCUCUCCGAAUCCGAUGAUGAACGCAAAAAGGAUAGUCGAUCAGCUGGCAACAGCAGCAACAGUUCCGAAUCGGAUUCCAGCGAAUCGGGCAGCGAGGCCAGCAGCAAAGGUGAUCCACAACAGCAGCAACAACAACACUUGUUGCACCAGCAGCAACAACAUCAACAGCAACAGUUGCUGCUGCAGCAGCAACAGCAACAGCAACAGCGCCUGGCAGCCACCGCCAAUGGCAGCAAAAAGAAAUACAGCCAAACGAUAAUUGCAAGUGGAGCGAAUACAAUCAGCGGCCUGCUCACCUCCAGCGGCCUGGGCGGACCUGGUGCCGGGCCUGGCGGUGCAGUCAAUUCGACUGGCAGCGCGGCCGGCGGCGUUGGCGGCAGCAGCGGCAGCACGGGCGGUGGCUCCAGCAGCUCCGGCAUGGGAACCAUGAGCAGCUCCAGCUCGUCGAACAAGACGCCCUCGCCAACGGACAGCAAUCGCUGGCAUCUGAGCCGCUUCUUUCCUAAGCCAGCGAAUCAGACAGCCGCCGAGAGCGUCUCCCCGGGCGUGGCCAAUGCCAUGGGCAAUGUGAGCAUGAAGGUGCCCGGCAUAUUGCCGGGCGGUGCACAGAUCAUACCCGAGUCCAUUGACGUGACCACGGCCAUUGUCAAGAAUGAGAAGCUGCACGACGACUCGCGGCACAUGGACGACGACGAGGACGAGCAGGCAGACCAACAGCACCAGCAGCAGCAGCAGCAGCGCUACGGCGUCGGUCUGAGCGUGACCGUCAAAAAAGAGCAGCUGGAACAACAGCAACAGCAGCAGCAGCAACAGUUGCUGCUGCAACAGCAGCAGCUGACGGCGGAGCAGCUGGCGCUGGCCGGCGCUUUGCCAAAAAACCAAAUCAAACGCGAGUCGCGUCUGUCCGAUUCCGGCAGCGGCAGCAGCGGCAGCGGCAGCAGCAGCUCCGAUAGCGCCGGCGGCAGCAGCGAGGUGUUGCCGAUGCCAGGACUAGGUGAAACCCUGCAAAUUCCUGGCGUGCCGGCGGCCAUCACCACAGUGAUGCGCGUGCCGCCAGCAACACAGCACAAGGCGCAGCCCAACAGCGUCACGUUGACGCCCAUCGGGCCGCUGCCGGCCUCGCCGAAGCCGCGCCAGAAGAAGCCGCGCAAGAAGAAAAUGUCGGCAGCAACGGCGCCGCCGCUGGACUCCAGCGAUGAGGACGAGCCGGCGAGCAGCAAUAAGAAGCACGCGCUCGAACUGGCAGCAACAGCAGCAGCUACUGCCGCCGUCGCAGCAGCAGCAUCGGCAAUGCCUGUGGCAGCAGCAGCAGCAGCCGCGGCGCCAGCCAUUAAGAAGGGGCGCGGCAGGCCACGCAAACAGGCGCAGCAGCAACAACAGCAACUGCAGCUGCAGCAGCAGCAGCAGCAGAGCGGCAACUUGAGCAGUGCCUCGGCGAGCAGCUCGCAGGCCAAGGGACCAACGCUGACGGCGGCAAAGAAGCCGCUGGCCAAAGGCACCGCCAGCAGCAGCAGCAGCAGCGGCACGGCAGCAACAGUUGCUGCUGGCAGCCGCAAGCGUGAGCACAGCAGCAACAGCAGCUCCAAUGGCAACACGCCUACCAAAAAGCCCAAUGCAGCAAUGGCAGCAGCAGCAGCAGCUGCAGCAGCAGCAGCAGCCAUUGCUGUGCGCGCGGCCAGCAGCAGCGACGAGGAUAGCAGCAGCAGCAGCUGCAGCAGCACCAAGUCCAGUAACAGCAACAGCAGCAGCAGUGGGAGCGACACCGACAUACCAACAGCAGCGCCUGCUGUGACAACAGCAGCAGCAGUGGCUGCGGCAGCAGCACAAAAUCCCGCCAAAAAGCGUAUUGUGAAAAUUAACAAAGUGGGCGUGGCCAGCAGCAAGGCGAAGCGUCGCUUCAGCCUGGGCAACAGCAGCAACAGCAGCAGCAGCGAGACCGAAGAGCAACAGCAACAGUUUUUGCAGCAGCAGCAACAAUUGCUGCAGGGACACUAUGCGCCCGAGCUGCCGCUGCAAUCGCUCAAGCAGUCCGCGCAGCAGCGCCUCAGCAGCAGCGAUUGCAGCAGCAGCGCGAGCAGCGACAGCAGCAGCAAUAGCAGCGCCAGCAGCAGCAGCGAUGAGGACGAUGCCCAUCGCAGUGGCAAGCGCAAGAGUGAUAAGAAGAAGAUAUGCACGCUGACGCGCAUCUUCAAUCCCAAAGAGGGCGGCGCCAAGAAGCAGGGUCAGGUCGUUAUCAUUGAUCAGUCCGAGGAGCAGCUGCAGCAGCAGCAACAGCAGCAGCAGCAGCAACAGCAACAGCAGCAGCAGCAACAACAACAGCAGCAGCAAGCCAAAGAGCUUAAGCCGCGGGCCACGCCCACACAGCUGCUGGGCGCCACAUUGGCCUCGCCGGCGCGCACCACCACACCACAUCUGACUUCCCUCAUGUGCAAAAUCGAUCUGAGCAAGCUGGCGCGAGUGCCGCCCGAAUGGUAUCAGAAUAGCUACAGACUAUAUGCAGCCGAUGGCAGCCAACAACAACAGCACCACCAGCAGCAGCAGCUGCAGCACCAGCACCAUCAUCAGCAUUCGCAUUCGCACUCGCACCACCCGCCGCACCACCACCAGCCGGAGAGACUGAAGACGCAGCAGAACGGACAUCUGAGCAGCCGUUCCGCGGAGGGCGCCCGCACGCCCAAGGAACUGCAACAGAUCUAUGCGCCCAAUGGCUAUGUGGGUGGUGCUCUGGGUGGUGCAGCCGGCGCAGCGGCUGGCAACAAGCUGCUUGGCGGCGUCAAGCAUGAGCACGGCGUUAAGCCCGAGCCGGAGCUGGAUGCCGGCUAUGAAGCCAAAUAUAAGCCGAACAGCGUCAAGCAGGAGUUUAUGCUCAAGCAGGAGUUGCCCGCGCGUCGACGCAAACGCAGCUCCAGCUCCAGCUCGAGCCCGUACAAGGAGAAGAAGCGAAAAAAGGAGAAGGCCGAGCAGCUCAGCAAGGAGCUGCUGCCGGUGCCGGUGCUGCUGCCUGCCAACAAUCACGAGCGAUUAUCGCGCGACAAACUCGAGCUGCUGCUGCAGCAGCAGGAGAACUCCGCCAAUGCCAGCCCCAAUAAGCUGCAGCAGCAACACGCACGACAAUUACCCCUGUCCCAAUCACAGCUGCAACACCAACACCAGCAGCAACAGUCACAGUCAACAGCAACGGGCCAUGCAAUUGCCUCAACGACAUCAGCAACAGUUGCCACGGCAUCCACCCAACUGCCCACCACCUGCAGCGAAGCGGUCCAAACGACGCCGCCACCGGCGGCCCCGCCACCAGCGCCUCGUCUCAUCUAUCGUUCCCACUUUGAUAACGAGGAGGAGCAUGCCAGCGACGACCUCAGGAAAAACGAUCUAUUGCUGCAGGAGGCAAUCAGAAGAAAGCGCGCAGCUGAUUCGGAGCGUGACUCGUUUAAUCAAAUGACGCUUUACCUGGAGGCAAUUGUCUAUUUCCUGCUUACCGCCGAUGCCAUGGAACGCUGCAACAUGGAGGCCACAUGGACCAUGUACAAGGACACCCUGUCGCUAAUUAAAUACAUUUCCUCUAAGAAUCGACCGUAUCAACAGUUAACAAAUGGAAAGCACGAAUCGCACAACAUUGUGGCCAUACUCAGUUUACGCUGCCAAUCGCUGAUAUCCUUAAAGCUUUACAAAUUGCGACGUGCCAAUUGUCGCGCAACAAUAGCCAGCUGCUCGGAAUUCUUUCGCUCCGGCAGGGGGGAUAUAUUGAAUGGCAAUACGCCGUCCUCCAUAUCACCAUCGAACUCAGUGGGCUCACAGGGCUCCGGUUCGAAUACGCCGCCUGGCAAAAUAGUGCCUCAAGACAUACACAAUCAGCUAUGCAAGCAGAAUGAGUAUCUCACCUAUGUGAACAGCGCUCAUGAGCUGUGGGAUCAAGCCGAUCGAUUGGUGCGCACCGGCAAUCAUAUAGACUUUAUACGCAAACUGGAUCACGAGAAUGGGCCUUUGACGCUGCAUAGCACCAUGCAUGAGGUGUUUCGGUAUGUGCAGGCGGGCCUUAAGACGCUACGCGAUGCUGUCUCGUAUCCUCAGUCUCAGUAGCAAUAACUUUAGCCUCAACAACGAGACCAACAGCAACAGCAACAGAAACACCAACAACAAUCGCAACAACA